UCUAUACCAGUAUAUCAUACUUUUGAUUGUGGUAUAGGUAAUUUGGCCGUUUUGGUGCAUGUAUCUAGCUUCGAUUGGUUUUGUGCUUUCUCUAAUUAUGCUACUAUGUUGUUUUGGUUGAUAAAAUAGCUACAACGAAGAUAUAUAGAUUUCGUGUCUUAGUCAAUGUGUUCUAUAAUGAUGAAAGCCUCUUUUAUUUGCCAGCCUUAUGAGCUCCUUUAUAGGUCUCUUGAUGCGAAGCUUGUGGUUGGCAUACCAUUCAAGGAUUUGGAAACUGCAGCUUCAAUUCUUGCGAGCGCAGAGUUGGAGAAGGUGGGGCUGCAGAGCAGAGCCAGUUGCAGCAUCCAUGGCCUUGUUGUGCUUUCCAUCGACGAUGCGCCAACGCCAAGUCCAUGGUUGGCGACCUCGCUGAGCAUGAGGACAAUGAUGGGUCCUCCUCGGCCAUGGCCAAUUGUGCGAGAUUCACCAGGUUGCGGGGCUUGGUCAGCAGUGUGUGUGGCCAGUGGUUGUAGUGCACUGAAGCGGAGAGGCAGUGCCGUCGUUGACCAUGGAUUCAGAUCCUGGGAGUUCUGUCAGGAUAGGGAGGCAAAAGGAAAAUAAACUCUAUGCAUUAGACUACAAUACAUAAUAGAGCGAGGGAAUCAUCUUACCAUAGGGAGGCAGGGGAGCAUUGAAAAAUGCACUGUAUUGGAUUCCGCAAAUUCAGUGAGUAUGAAUGCACCUUUUACUAAUUAGUUUGUGACAAGGAGGGGAGAUCCAUGUGCAUGCAAGUUUGCUUGGUUUUUGCCGAUUCACUCGAUUAUUAAUUUUGGGAUUGUGACGAUUAGCAGGGGCUGUGGGGUCACUGGCAGACGACGUGCUUGGUUCCGCAGGUCGUAUUGUCAAAGUGCCAGUGAAUUACCUGCCUUCAGGCUCUUCUCCUAUCAAGGGUGACAUCACCUGGGAUUGCUGUGGUCUUACUGAAGAAGCUGACAACCUUGGCUAUUUGUCUAUGAUGUCGACUGAUGCCAUCAAGACCAUUGGUAAUGACACGUGUGAUGAUGAGUCUAACUACGCCGAAUAUGAUGAGUUUCCAGGCUUACUAUUCAUCUGACCAUGAGGACAACAAUAGUGGUUACUGGUUACUGCUCAUCUGAGCUUAAGCUGUGGUGAAUGCGGCCGAUGUUUCGACCACAUAAGAAAAUGAAGUUCGAUCGCAUAAGAAAAUGAAGUUAUUUUGGUUUAUCGAGUAAUAUUAUGUGUGGUAGCAGACUACCACACCCUUAUUAUAAAUUACGUGUGAUCGUCACUAUGAGACAGUCCUACAGUGUGGUAGUUCUACAGAGAAUUUCUAAAUCAGUGUGGUAGCAGA